AAAUGAUUCCGUAAAGGAGUGCCGUAAAAUGAUUCCGCGGUUUGCGGCUCCGGUUGUCUUUGCGACUCGGCAAGAUGGCGGACAUGGCGGAUUUAUUUGGCAGCGACGCGGACAGCGAACCCGACCAGAAAGAUUUUGACUCGGGAUCUGGAUCAGGCUCUGACUCAGAGCAGGAACAAGCAGCAUCAGAAAGCAAUCCUUCAGGGAGUGAGAGUGAAAGGGAAGAUGGGAAUGAAGAUGAAAAUGGGAGAGAGGCUACAAAGCCUAGCAAUAAAGAGUUAUUUGGAGAGGACAGUGAGGAUGAAGUGCACUCAAGACACAGUGGAAGUGAUGACAGAUCUGAUAACCAGUCCAUAGCUUCAGGACACUCUGAUCAAGAUGUCCAGCAUUCAGAGACAGAGCAGCAAAGUGGCUCUGAAGAACAACAGUUUGACAAUGAAGAUGACGACAAUCGCUCUGAUGCAGGCAGCAUGCAUUCCGAUGCAGGCAGUGUGGGUUCUGAUGUUGGCAGUGCACACUCUGAUGUUGGCAGUGUGCACUCUGAUGCUGGCAGUGUGCACUCUGAUGCUGGCAGUGCGCACUCUGAUGCUGGCAGUGCGCACUCUGAUGCUGGCAGUGCGCACUCUGAUGCUGGCAGUGCGCACUCUGAUGCUGGCAGUGCGCACUCUGAUGCUGGCAGUGCACACUCUGAUGCUGCCAGUGCGCACUCUGAUGCUGCCAGUGCGCACUCUGAUGCUGCCAGUGCGCACUCUGAUGCUGCCAGUGUGCACUCUGAUGCUGGCAGUACCUGUUCCGAUGCUGGCAGCAUCCAGUCUGAUGCUGGCAGCAUGCGAUCCCACUCCGAAGCUGGCAACGUCCAUUCAGAUGCCGGCAGCGCCCAUUCCCGGUCUGAUGUCGCCAGUAAUCAUUCCCACUCUGAUGCUGCCAGUAACCAAUCAGAUGCCGAGGCUUCUGGAAAGGAGAUGCACUCUGAGAAUGAGAAAUGGGAGAGAGAGUCCAGAAGUGACCAGUCAGAUGAAGAGGAAAAACUGCAUCGUUCAGACGAGGAACAGCACCUUUCAGAUGAUGAGCAGGAACAUAAAUCAGUUUCUGCAAGAGGCAGUGACAGUGAAGAUGAAGUAAUUAGACAAAAACCAAAGAAAAUAAUUGCUUCAGAUUCUGAUUCUGACAGUGAUGCAAAAGAUAAAGAUAAAAUAGAAGGAGAUGAUCUUUUUGGGGGCGCAGAUGACAUUUCAUCUGACAGCGAAGGUGAGAAGCCUCCCACUCCAGGCCAACCUGUAGAUGAGUACGGCAUGGAUCAGGAACAUCAAGAAGAAGAACCAAUCCCAGAAACACGGAUAGAAGUAGAGAUUCCUAAAGUGAACACCGAUUUGGGAAAUGACUUGUAUUUUGUUAAACUACCUAACUUUCUUAGCGUGGAGCCCAGGCCAUUUGAUCCCCAAUACUAUGAAGAUGAAUUUGAAGAUGAGGAAAUGUUGGAUGAAGAAGGGAGAACAAGACUUAAACUAAAGGUUGAAAACACAAUUCGCUGGCGAGCACAUAAAGAUGAAGAGGGAAAUGAAACUCGUGAAAGUAAUGCUCGAAUAGUAAAAUGGUCAGAUGGAAGUAUGUCCUUACAUCUCGGAAAUGAAGUUUUUGAUGUCUACAAGGCUCCGCUUCAAGGGGAUCAUAACCAUCUGUUUAUUAGGCAGGGAACUGGUUUGCAAGGUCAGGCAGUCUUCAAAACCAAGCUUACCUUCAGGCCUCAUUCCACAGACAGUGCUACCCACAGGAAGAUGACCCUGUCUCUGGCAGAUAGGUGUUCAAAAACACAAAAGAUUCGAAUACUUCCCAUGGCUGGCAGAGACCCUGAAUCCCAGCGUUCUGAAAUGAUAAAGAAAGAGGAGGAGCGCCUUAAGGCUUCUAUUCGAAGAGAGUCUCAGCAACGCAGAAUGAGAGAGAAGCAGAGUCAGCGAGGUCUUAGCUCCUCCUACCUGGAACCUGACCGGUAUGACGAGGAGGAAGAAGGUGAUGAGACCAUUAGCCUCGCAGCCAUCAAGAACAAGUACAAGGGAGGAGUUAGAGAGGAGCGUGCUCGGAUAUAUUCCUCAGAUAGUGACGAGGGGUCUGAUGAUGACAAAGCACAGAGGCUCCUGAAAGCCAAGAAGCUUGACAGUGAUGAGGAAGCUGAACAUUCUGGAAAGAGAAAAGCGGAGAAUGAUGAUAAAGGUACCAGCAAAAGGGCAAAGAAGUAUGUGAUUAGUGAUGAAGAGGAAGAUGAUGUGUAAGCUCUCCUAAGUGGACCAGAUGACUUGUAUCGUCUGACAUUAAAUUGUACAGUUAUUUUGUAAGUAGCUAUGUUGUCUGAUUUUUGGAAAAUUUUGGUAGUCAUUUGUAACUUGGUGGUUCAAAAAGAUUCAAAAAUUAAACUUUUUUUUUAAAAGGUG